AUGUCUAAUGUCCUCGCCGUCUUUGGCGCUACCGGCCAACAAGGCGGCUCGUUAAUCAACUAUGUGCUUAAUGAUCCUGAGCUUUCCAAGAAAUACCAGCUUCGUGCCAUUACUCGUGAUGUCAGCUCAGAAAAGGCCAAACUACUCAAGGAGAAGGUCGAAGUAGUCAAAGGCGAUGUGGCUGACCGGGCCUCUCUUGAAACAGCUUUGACGGGCGUGCACACUGUCUUCGCCAUAACGACACCCGACUUUGGCCCUGACGGUUUCGAAAUCGAAUACAACAGUGGCAAGACAAUUGCCGAUGUGACCGUCGAAAGGGGCAUCGAAUACAUCAUCUUUAGCACGUUACCGUCCAUCAGUGACAUCUCGGGCGGCAAAUACACCAAAAGCAUCCACUUCGACGCCAAGGCGAAGGUCGAGCAGUACAUCCGUAGCCUCUCCAUCAAAAGUGCCUUCUACGCACCGGAUUUUCCCCCUAUGAACCCACAGCGAGCUUCCGAUAGCACCUGGGUCCUGAGUCGCCCCACUUCUCCAAAGACGCGAGCACCAUUUGUCGACGCUAUUGAGGACACGGGCAAAUUCAUUGGCGCUAUCCUCGCGGAGCCCGAUACGUAUGAAGGGAAGACAUUUUGCGCAUGUACGACACUAUACAGCUGGGAGGAAAUAGCCGCCAUCUUGUCCAAAGCUACUGGUAAGACUGUUGUCAACAAAGAGAUUUCACCCAAGGAAUUUGCGGAAAGCCUACCGUUUGGAGGCGAUAUUUUUGUAGAAACAUUCAGCUACUUCGCUGAGUUCGGCGGUUACUAUGGCCCAGGGUCUGAGGAGAUGGUUGCCUGGGCUAUUAAGAACGCCCGAGGCAAGCUUACUACGAUGGAAGAAUACCUGGAGAGACAUCCGGUUGAGCUGAUCUAG